UCUCUGUGUUAAAGGACUUAAGCAACUGUGUACACAAGAUGAAGCUCUGCUUCCUCGUCAUGUUUCUACCCCCUGUGGCUCUUGUUAACGGAAUGCCGCCGAUCAACAAGCACUACAACACACACUGUCGGUGCCUUCAGGUGGAGUCGAGGAUCAUCCCUCCAGACAAACUGAGGAGCAUCAAGCUAGUCCCUGAAAGCCCUCAUUGCCCAGACACAGAGGUCAUAGCUGGACUGGCGAGUGGAGAGAAGGUCUGUUUGAACCCUCGGUCCUCGUGGGUGAAGAAGCUGAUCCACUUAGUUCUUGAGAGACAGCUACAUCAGCAAGGAAGAGCACUACCCAAGAAUCAAUCAUAAAUACAAUGUAAUGCCAACUAAAAUCAAAAGUCAGUGUUGGAAGACUUGUGUGUAGAUAAGGUACUUCAUUUUUUUUCUAAAGAGUGAGCUGUGACCUGAAAUGUGAAUCAUUUCUCUGUAUAGAAGUUUGAUUGAAAAGCAGAUGUUGUAUGUAACAUUAAAUAUGUCAUAUAUAAUUUCCGCUUGAUAAACCAUCAAGAAUACCAACAAGGGAUCGUUUGCUUGAUUAAGUUCCUCAUUAAGGUCUUGCAUUAGAAAAAGAACUACUAAAUACUGAAAAGUGUAAUUCAAGGUUUUAAAGACAAUCAAAUAUAAGAUUAAAAAGUAAAAUCUGUUAUUUCAUGCGUUCAAUCUUGUAGCUGCUUUUGGAUGUGAAGUCCUGAUUUUUCCAUG